UUCAGUCCUGCAGGAGGGAUCAGAUUCACAAGAGUCCAGCUGUGUGUCCAAGAAGAGUGACUGGUCUAGAGAUCCUCCACCAGACAUGAAGGCUGGAGACAAACCGCAAAGUGUCAGGUCAGUUCAGCGGAAAAGAUCAGACAGAGAGUCCAGCUGUGUGUCCAUGAAGAGUGACUGGUCUAUAGAUCCUCCACCAUACUUGAAGGCUGGAGACAAACGGCAAAGUGUCAGGUCAGUUCAGCAGAAAAGUUCAGACAGAGAGUCCAGCUGUGUGUCCAUGAAGAGUGACUGGUCUAUAGAUCCUCCACCACACUUGAAUGAUGGAGACAAACCACAAAGUGUCAGGCGAACCCAGCGAUCCAGACCAGCUGUAACAGAACCCGUCUGUAAGAAAAUGAAAUAUGAUGAGUCUGUGAAUCAACCACAAGACUUUAAUGAAAGCAUGUAUCCUGGUGUCAGCCAUGAAGUCCUCAACACAUUUAGAUCCAAUCUGAAGAAAAGGUUUCAGUGUCUUUAUGAGGGAACAGCAAAGCAAGGAAUCCCAACACUCCUGAAUGAGAUCUACACAGAGCUGUACAUCACAGAGAGUGAGAGUGGAGAGAUCAGUAAUGAGCACGAGGUGAGACAGAUUGAGACACAAUCCAGGAGAGCAGCAACAGAGGACACACCGAUCAAAUGCAGUGACAUCUUUAAACCUUUAACUGGACAAGACAAACCCAUCAGAACUGUGCUGACAAAAGGAGUCGCUGGCAUUGGAAAAACAGUCUCUGUGCAGAAGUUCAUCCUGGACUGGGCUGAAGGGAAAGAGAAUCAGGACGUCCAGCUCAUAUUUCCACUUCCUUUCAGAGAGCUCAAUCUGAUGAAGCACGAAACACUCAGUCUUUCAGAUCUUCUUCAUGUAUUUUUCCCUGAAACAAAAGAAAUGGAAAUAUCCAGUGACAAAUAUAAAGUGUUGUUCAUCUUUGAUGGGCUGGACGAGUGUCGUCUGUCUCUGGAUUUUCAGAGCGAUGUGAGGUUGUGUGAUGUUAGUGAAUCAGCCUCAGUGGACGUGCUGCUGAUGAACCUCAUUGUAGGGAAUCUGCUUCCCUCUGCUCUCAUCUGGAUCACCUCCAGACCAGCAGCAGCUGAUCUUGUCCCCUCUGAGUGUGUCCAUCGAGUGACAGAGGUACGAGGCUUCAAUGAUCCACAGAAGAAGGAAUACUUCAGGAAGAGAAUCAGAGAUCAGAGUCUGGCCAAUAGGAUCAUCUCACACCUGAAGUCAUCAAGGAGCCUCUUCAUCAUGUGCCACAUCCCAGUCUUCUGCUGGAUCUCAGCCGCUGUUCUGGAGAAGAUGUUGAGUCAAGCAGAGAGUGGAGAGAUUCCCAAGACUCUCACUCAGAUGUACACACACUUCCUGAUGGCACAGAUUAACAUCAAAGACACAAAGUACAAGAAGAAGGAGGACACAGACAAAAAGAUGAUUUUCAAACUAGGAAAACUUGCAUAUGAGCAUCUGGAAAAAGGCAACCUGAUCUUCUAUGAGGAAGACCUGAGAGAGUGUGGCAUUGAUGUGACAGAAGCAUCAGUGUACUCAGGAUUGUGCACUCAGAUCUUCAGAGAGGAGUUUGUCUUGUAUCAGGGGAAAGUCUUCUGCUUUGUUCAUCUGAGCGUUCAGGAACAUCUAGCAGCUCUAUAUGUGCACCUCUCCUGUACAAACCACAACAUAAAUGUGUUUGAUGACAUCACCAGUGUGUCAAAGAUUUCAUUAUCUGAGCUGCAUCAGAGAGCUGUAGAUAAGGCUCUACAGAGUAAAAAUGGACAUCUGGAUCUUCUCCUGCGGUUUCUUCUGGGUUUGUCGGUGGAGUCUAAUCAGGGUCUUCUAAAAGGACUAAUUGCACUGAAAAUAAGCAGCUCUGACAGCAAUGAGGAAACAGUAGAGUACAUCAAAAAGAAGAUCAGGAGCAGUCGCACUCCAAAAAAAUCCAUCAAUCUGUUCCACUGUCUGAAUGAGCUGGGUGACCAUUCAAUAGUGAAGGAAAUACAACAGUACCUGAACUCUGGAACAUUAGCUGAAGCCAAACUCACUCCUUUGCAGUGGUCAGCUUUAGUGUUUUUCUUGUUGACAGUAGAGCAAAUGAUGGAUGUGUUUGAGCUGAAUAAAUUUGUUGGAAGAGAAAAUGCAUCAGAUAAAGUCGUUCGGAAGCUGCUUCCUGUGAUUAAAGAAUCCAGAACAGCACAUUUGGAUGACUGUAAUAUCACAGCUAAAGGUUGUGCUGCUCUGGCUUCAGUUCUGAAAUCAAACCCCUCAAACCUGAGAGAACUGGAUCUGUCUGGAAAUAAACUACUAGAUUUGGGAAUCAAACAUCUCUCUGAUGGACUUAAGGAUCCUCACUGUAAACUGGAGAAACUAAAGUUGAGAGAUUGUGGUGUCACAGGUGUAGGUUGUGCUGAUCUGGCUUCAGCUCUGAGAUCAAACCCUGAACACCUGACAGAACUGGAUCUGACUGACAAUAAACUAGGAUCUUCUGAAGUGCAGUUACUUUCUGAACUAAAAGAUGAUUCCACAUAUAAACUGUCACAACUAUACUAUUGACUCUCAGUAUUUAGACGUCAGUCCAGUUUCCCCAGGAUCAGCUGAUCCUGAAUAAGGAACUGUUACAGAGACACACAAUCAACAGAUACUCAAGACACUGAAGAACUAUGAUUUGUGACUUUGUAACCAAAUUAUUUUACUGUAUUUUAUUCUGAUCUUUUUAAUUUAUUGUUUUGAGACCACAAAACUAAAUUAUAUCAGCAUUUUUUUUCUUCAUAUUUAAAAAUUUUGUGUAAUGAUGGAUCAUUUAAUAAAAAGACCACAAAACAUUUAUUAUUUUGCCACUGCAGUGCAGGAAUGUAAAUAUAACUGAAUAAAAACCUUCCAUAUACAAUUUAAAUGUGUGAUAAUAGUCUUAGGACUUCAUUGUUUUACAUGUGGAUAAUAGCCACUUUCGCCACCUUGGAUGGUUGCCAAAUGAGAAGAGUGGCAUUACUGAAACUCGAAUACGGUGUAUAAAAUAAUCAAUUAUUAUAUACACAGAGCACCUUUGUAUUUUACUUUAUAUUUCUCAUAGAUUAAUGCAAGACAUGGACAUUUUACUACAUAGAGUACUAUGGAUAUUAAGUUAUGUUCAGUAUGGGUAGGACUUUGUAUGGGCAGAGGUCGUUUGUUCAUGCAGGUGUACAGAAGUAGAAUAAGGUGCCGCUGGACGGUUUCCUCAGAUAGUGUUGGCUGUAAUAUAAAAGUGAAGAGACCGUUUUAGGCUGUCUUAGUAGAAUUGGUUUGCAUUUUUAUUGUAUCUGUUGUUUCAUCUUGUGUGUUUAAAGCCUUUGUUGUGUUUGCUGCUGUGUCUCGAGUAUGUUUGGGUCCAGGAGGGAUGUGCCCUGCAAUCAAUGGAGAUCCAACCAAUCCAGUUUUGUCUCCUAUUCUAGAUAUAAGGACCAUCCCAUACACUAGUUUUCCCCAAUGUGUGCCAUUUUGUACUGCUCUGCCUUGUUCCUUUGUGUUUUUUUGUGAUAUUCUACUAUGUAAUAAUCCUACUGUAUGAUUCUUAAGAUUGCUGAUUUGUAUUUGUAAUAUACAGUAUAUAUAAGUUGACGUGAUGUGGCAUUUUCACUCACAUAAGAUAAAAAUAGAAAUAAUGUAUUUUGUCAUUAUUUAAAACCUAAUACAGUAAAUGGUUAAACAUGUCUUUGUCCUACAUGUACCCGUUGUUAUAAAAGCUGCAGUGUUAUUAGUUUUUUUUUUUUUUUUUGACCCAAAUCUCAAAAUUGUUCUAUGGUGUGACUGUCUCAAGCAUGGUUCAAUAAAGAGAAAAGCAUAGAAAUA